UACAAAAAAAAACCAGCACAAUGCACGCCUCGUUAUGCACGCGCGCUCUUAUAAUGAAAGUGUUUAAUCUUCUUUUUAAAUAAAAUAUGUGAUACGCACGAAAGGCUUCGGAAUAUUUUGAUGUGCUCGCAAUACGUUAAAUAAGCCAUUUUUUCUUUUUUUCUUUUAAUAAAUUAUUGCCAGGUUUACUUUGCGCCUGCAUGUGAUUUUAAUUCGAUUCAUUGCGGAUAAUUUCGUGCAUAAUUCCGAUUGAGUUUCCACUGUUACAAUUACUCGACGCGUGUUUCGAAUGAUUCACGGAAUUAAUAUUUAUAAAUAAAUACGUCGCGACGAAAAAGGAUUUAAUGUUAGCACCAUAUAUAUUUAUCUUUCAACAAUUUUUUUGUAUUUUCCAGCUUUAGAAAACAACGAAUUAAAUUAUCCAAAAAAGGAAAAUAUUGACGUAUAUAAAUGAAAAAAUAUAUUCACCGUUUUAAAACGCGAGAUACAAUUGCGAUUACGUUAAAUUGUAUAAAGCCGGUGUUAUGUUGUGGCGACACAUAGCGCACAUUUACAGCGAAAUGUUGAAUAUUGCAUGUAGAACUAAUAUUAAUUCAAGCUUUGCUCGGAACUAAUGACGUAACGUUUAUAUCCGCUGUCCACAUUAAUAACUAUGCGUUAAUAUUUCAUUAAAUUUUGGUUAAAAUUUUCGAGUUGAGAAUGUAUCAGAUCUAGUUGUUUGACGAAACGUAAAGAUUUACGUAUUUCUCAUUUUUGAAGAAUAAAGGAAAAAAUUGGUUAAAAAUAGGAUAUUGAUUUGUAUAGUGGAACUGAACGUCACGUUAUAAGAUCGGAAAUCCCUCAAUGACGGAGAUGCGUAAUGUGUUCCCUUUUAAUUUCAAUUUCAGGGAGACGCGGUCUGGCGAUGCUCCUGUCAUGUGCAGGAUGCGACAAACCGAUAAUGGAUCAGUACCUGCUGAACGUUUUGGAUCGUGCAUGGCACGUCGAGUGCGUGCGCUGUUUCGACUGCAGAGCUGCGCUACAGGACAAGUGCUUCUCCAGGGAGGCGAAGCUCUUCUGCAGGAACGACUUCUUCAGGCGAUAUGGUACCAAGUGCGGCGGUUGCCUUCAAGGGAUAAACCCGCAGGACCUCGUGAGGAAAGCAAGAGACAAGGUUUUCCACCUGAAUUGCUUCACCUGCUUAGUGUGUCGGAAGCAGAUGAGCACCGGCGAGGAGCUCUACGUCCUGGACGACAACAAGUUUGUCUGCAAGCAGGACUACCUGUCGGGCAAACCGCUGCCGGACACGCAUCACGUGCACGGUCAUCACGAACCGUCCAACCUGUCGGCAGGCGGAGACUCGCUCAUGGGCUCGGGAUCGGAAGAUGAGGACGAGGACGGCAGUGCUCACCAUCAUCAUCACGAUCCGGCAGUUCGUGGCACUCACCUGGGACCUCAUAACAUUGGCCCGGGUGGUCCAGGCGACCAGACCGUCGGCCACGGUGGCGAACUACCUCUCGGGAGCGAUGCCUGCAAGCAGGAGGACUCCGAGGAUCAAGGUUCCCUGGAUGGCGAUCCCGAGACGAGGGACAGCCAAACGGAGAACAAGAGCCCGGACGGCGGCGCUGGCGGUGGCAGCGGCGACGGCGGCGCCGGCUCGAAGCGACGUGGUCCACGGACCACCAUAAAGGCGAAACAAUUGGAGAUCCUGAAGACGGCCUUCUCGUCGACCCCGAAGCCUACCAGGCACAUCAGGGAACAGUUGGCGAAGGAGACCGGUCUGCCCAUGAGAGUCAUACAGGUCUGGUUCCAGAACAAGAGAAGUAAGGAACGCAGGCUGAAGCAGCUGACGUCGAUGGGCAGAAAUCCCUUCUUCGGAGGUUCGCGUAAGAUGCGCGGCUUCCCGUUGAAUCUAAAUCCAGGCGCUCUUGGCGGCGAGGACGGUCCACCGCCCGGUUUUCCGUACUUCGGCCCGGACAAGUUCGAGUUCGGUUACGGCGGUCCGGUGGCCUUCCAUCACGAGUUCUUCGGCGCACAUCCGCCUCCGCAUCCGCACGGGCCGCACUUUGCCGGCACGGGAAAUCCAGUACGUAAUCUGUUUCUGACAGGCCUGGACCCGGCCAGUUUAGCGGGCAUGGCAGCGGCAGUGGCGGUGGCUGGGGAGUAUCCACCUCCGGGCGCGGGAGGCGGCCCUCCGGAAUUUCUCACGGGGCCCCCCGGACAGGGGCCCCCUGCGCCUACCGGCGGCAGUCCCGGAGAGUUCCUGGCACCUUCAGGUGGUGCGCAGGGUAAUCCGAGCGGCGGCGGCAACGGCGGCGGCGGUCCAGGAGGCGGCGGCGGCGGCGGCGGCGGCGGAGUCGCGGCCGGCGGAUUCCUGGAGCCGCACCAGAUGCAGAGCGAAGGGCUGGCCUGGUAGUACGAGUUUUAAAUUAACGUGUCCCUUAUAAUAAUAAUAAUAAUAAUUCCGCCCGCGCGCACGCCUAAGAAAAAGAACGAAUUCAAAUCAAGACCGAAUGAAAUCGCGAAAUCGCCGCCGAGAGAGCACGAAGAUACACCCGCAGGCGACGGCGACGAAACGCGAUUUCGCGAGGGCGACACGGAAGGCUCGGCGCUUCGUUUUUUUUUUAUUUUUUUUUUUAUUUUUUUUUUAUCGUCUUUCCUUGCAAUUGAUUUGAGAUCGUGACUAUCAAUCCUCUUUCUGUAAGAUACGGACACGCGCGCGCGAAGCGUUUAUCCGAGCGCCUUGAUUCACGGUUAUAUUGUGCAGUCGAUGCUAUUAUCUUUAUUAUUACGCAUCUCGGCGCCGCAAAACGUCGAUGUUACUAUUUUUAUUAUUAUUAAUAUUAUUAUUAUUAUUAUUAUUAUUAAUUAUUAUUAAUUAUUAUUAUUGUGUAUAAAAUUCGAAGGUCCCUAUCGUGUAAUAUUGUACCCUCCCUGUUGAUUAUUUUUCAACGUUACUUUGGAAAACACCCUGUAGAUAUCUGCUGUUGUACACUUGAUAAAAACGUGAAUCGCUAGACAUACAUAUACACACACACACAAACACAUACACGUGUCACACGCACUCGCGUACACACAGAUACACUGGAACACGCUGUACUAAUAUUAUCAGUAAAGUAUAAAUAUAAAUAGGAAACGUGUAAUUUUUUUUGUAUCUGUUAAGGCGGCGAGAUCGAUGUAAAUACACACACAAGAGAAAAAAAAACCACACAGAAACACUUUCUAUCCUCUCUCUUUGCUGAAAUGCGCGCGAGCCGAUUUGCGCUGGACUUACUCAUUAAACGCCACACCGGAAAUAAAAUAUAUAUAUAUGUGUAUCGUGACGCAACACACAAUACACCGAGUAAGGCAGAUCGAGAAAGAGAUGCGCCGCCGCGACGCAUAACGAUUAUAAAUAUUAUAAUAAACCACCUCGUAUUUCCGUAUA